AUGGAGGUAAAACCGGUUGAAGAUCAUGUGCGACUUGUCACAGGGCGCAUGGAUCAGCCACUUUUGGAACGAAUAGUGAACUACCUAGGUCCCGCAUCCACACAUGGUAAAUUGAAGUCAUACCCGUUAAGCGAGCUGUCGUCGCCAGAACAUAGAAGAGUGCAAGAAGCACUAGUUGUUCAUGACCUGUUGAAUGUGCUUGUAGGACUAGAAGGCGUUUAUAUCCGAUACAACAACAGAUACGAUACUUACAGUGAGAUAAUACCCGAGUUUAAGAUUGCAAAAAUGAUGGAUCCUUCACUGAAGUCCUUGAGCAAGAGGAUCGCGAAAUUGGGGAAAUAUUAUGUGACUUUGAGCAAGGCGGCUGAGAAAUGGUCGCAGCUUAAAUGCGGGGUGGUGCUCCAAAGGCUAGGAUAUGAGAUCAAGAGUUUUCUGCGAUACAACUAUUUACAAUUUGUUGUGGACAAGCUGGAGAGAAGCUUCAAAAGCAAUGUAAACUUUUCGAUAAGAGAGAUGGAACAGAUGCUCAACGAUUUUGAAAUCGGCAAGCAUAUGGAAUUGCUAUUUACCCUGUAUGAGAGAAUAGCCGAGGAGGACAGAUCGCGGCACAAUAUGGAUAAAACGGAGGAAGAUUUCAAAAAUUUCAUGGAAGAUUUGAAAAGUCAAGGUCGAGCGCAGAAUGGUACGAUUUUAGCGACAGAUACAAGUAUCAUGCCGAUGGCGAAAGGGGGAAUCGUCCUGGGGAUAGUUCAGGAUUUAAUUCACGAAAACUUAGGUGAUAGAACAAACGUUCUGUUUCUGAAAGAUCUGCUGAAUAAGAUUGCAGAAGAUUACUUUUUAAUUCUGAAAAAUUGGCUAAGCCGAGGGGAAUUAAACGAUCCUUUCGAUGAAUUCAUGAUUGUGGACACCAUGAAACACGUAAAUGGUGUAACCUCACUGCUCAAAUAUGGUGACAGGGUCUGGGAUACACAGUAUGUCGUUCGUAAGGAUGGAUUAUUGAAACAAUUCAUAAAUCAGAGGGAUAAUAACGAUCUUUUAUUCAAACUUUUAAUAACAGGAAAGCUGCUUAAUGUCCUAAGAACCAGUUUGGAUUUGCAUAAAUUACCCGUUGAUAUGACUACAAAUAAUAUCAAUUUAUUUUCAAGUUUUACUGAACUACUGGAAGGUAACAGUUUGGAACUUUUCAUCAAUAGAUGGUACCAAAGAGCAAACGAAAUAUGUUCGAAAAUGUUUCUUCAAGGUUAUCAGUUGAAACGUUUUUUACAGAGCUUGCAGAAACAUUUUUUUGGUAAGAAAAACGGUAGAGGUAUUAGCGAUUUUUUCUCUCAAAAUAUGACCGAAUUAACAAGACGUUAUAAGCCUAAUGGUUCAGAUAAGAUAAAACUGCAGAAAAGUUUUGAACAAAACAGAAAUUUUGGAGUUGCAGAUGAUUUGAUUGAACAGCUGAUGGUUUUGCAGCUAGAUGAUCAAUCUUUUGAGGAAUCUGUAUUACCGUACGUUAACCAAAAUAGCGAGGAAAUGGAUGUUGAUAAUGGGCUUGUAAAUGGAAAAUUGGUAGCCAAUAAUGAAGUAGAAAUUGCAGAUUUACUGAAUGCAAGUAAUUUUCAGAAUUUAAAGGAUAUCUUAUUAAGAGAAAUACGACAGUCAGAACGCUCACGCACGCAACACGAUAAUAUAGCUCAUGAGGAUAUUAAUGAUGUUAUUAAGCAACGAAAGAGCAACAUACACCAUUUAUGCUUCGAAAUUAUGAUUCCAUAUCCAUUGAACAUUAUAGUAACUAGAACUUGUAUUGUUCAGUACCAAUCGAUUUCAAGGUACCUAUACCUUGUUCAAUACUACAGCAAACUUUUAGAAGACACUUGGAUGGAAAUAAAUAAACACCAAAUUUGGAAAUAUCAAGGUUAUUCCCCCAUAGUUCGCCAACAAAUCAUUAAGCGGUGUCGCAUUGUUCAUAGUAAGAUGAAUCAAUUCAUUAAAUUAGUACUGGAGUAUUUUGUUCAAGACGUUGUCGAAAAAGAGAUGAAAACUAAUACAACAAGUACACAAAACAUCUUCGAUUGGCAAACUGGCUUACAAGAAAGUCUCACCAAUAUAAUGACAAACUGCUGUCUAUCACAGUUGCUUCAAAUACAGUUACAAAUUUUUGAAAUUAUUCAUAAAUUUUGCAAAUUUCUGACCUCUAUGAGACGAGAACUUUGUCAAUUAGAUAUACACCUUUAUCACAGUUUCGUUGGAUCAGGAGCAACCACAAGCGCUGAUCCAAAUAACUACGGCAAGAAAAGGGCCUUCAAUGAACAUGAGGCAACCAAAUUGAUUCCCGAUUUGAUCAAGUAUAUCAACCUGGUAUCCCAGGGCUUUGAACAGCACACCAUAGCAUUCAAAGAAGGGUUAAUGCACUACCAUUACAGUAAUCAUGCACCGGCGAACGCUAUGUCUGGUCAGGGGAGUGUCAUGCUCAUCGAUGAGACUCAAUCCACAAGAUUAUUAUCGUCGCUGAACCUGUAA